CAUAGUUACGGCGCUGUGGAGGUGGCGGCCAUCUUGGCUGUGGAGCGAUGAACGGGUCGAACCCGAAGACUGCGACCGCCGGGUCGGCGGCUGGGCCGGGGGUGCUGGUGGCCGGCAAGGAGGAGAAGAAAAAGGCGGGCGGCGGCGUCCUGAACCGACUCAAGGUGCGGCGGCAGGCGCCCCACCAUUCGGCCGACGAGGGCCUCGCAGCAGCGGUCACGGAGCAGGACCUGCUGGCGCUGGACGCCAUUCGUCCUGAGCACGUCCUGCGCCUCAACCGGGUGACCGAGAAUUAUUUAUGUAAACCUGAAGACAAUGUCUACAGUAUUGAUUUUACUCGCUUCAAAAUUCGAGAUCUGGAGACAGGGACAGUGCUUUUUGAGAUUGCUAAACCUUCCAUUUCAGACCAGGACGAGGAUGCCGAGGAGGAGAGUGUGGAUGUGGAUGUCAGUGUAGGACGUUUUGUUCGCUAUCAGUUCACACCAGCAUUUCUUCGCCUGCGGACAGUGGGCGCCACGGUGGAGUUCACAGUGGGAGACAGACCUGUGUCAAACUUCCGAAUGAUCGAACGACACUAUUUCCGGGAACGUUUGCUGAAAAACUUUGACUUUGAUUUUGGCUUCUGCAUCCCCAGCAGUAGGAACACUUGUGAACAUAUCUAUGAGUUUCCACAACUCUCUGAGGAUGUCAUUCGUCUGAUGAUUGAAAACCCUUAUGAGACCCGCUCAGACAGCUUCUAUUUUGUGGACAACAAGCUGAUAAUGCACAACAAGGCUGAUUAUGCCUAUAAUGGAGGCCAGUAGCUGCUGCAGGCUGGAAAGGGAGGUGCUUUGCUGCCGCCACGAGACACAGAGAAGGAAUUGCAGCUGCUGUUUGUUGACACCCAUCUGGAACCUGGUCCAGGAAGCCAUGGCUGGGGUAGAAUGUGCUCUAAGGAGAUGCUAACUAGCACUGUUUCUUUUCCCCAGUAUCUUUCUUCCCUUUUCCCUGCCCCUUAGUUCGCAGAGGUAUUUUAGUGAAGCAAAAGAUUAGGAUAAGGCUCCUGGAAUCCAGAUAAAAAAGUUUAUUUCUGUGUAGGUUAGCUGUGCACUGGUUGUCCUGACAAGCCUGGCUCUCCGGGCACAGCUAGUUCAGUGAGAAGAGUUGGGCUGGCCAGCCUGCAGGUUCCCAUCCCUUUUCUGGGCUCCUGAGUGCUGCGGGUGACUGGAACUUAGCCCUCUGCUCACCCCCCUCAUUCCAGGGUUGCCAUUGGCACAGUCUGCCCUCAGCCUGUGUGCAGUCUUCAGCUAACUAGAAGAAACUUAAAAAGGGAGUGAAGGGAGGGUGGAGCCGGGAGCCAAGCACCAAGGCUGGGAGGUGCUGCCACAUUGAGAAAUUGUUUGUGUGGAGGCUGCCCACAGCCAGCCAGUCCUGGGGAUAGACCAUGUGUCUGCCUGAUGCUGCCUUCCUGUUCUCAUUCUGGGGGACACAUGAGCUUGCUCUCUUUCUCCUGGCUCUUGACUUUUGAGCGUCUCAGAGCUCUCUUUCUCUUGGCUCUUGACUUCUGAGCGUCUCGGAGCAGACCUUGUCAGUUUUUCUCAUGGGACAUAGUGUCUUUUGAGCUUAAUGCAGGUCUUUUGUAUUUUGGGUUUAUUUUCAGACUUCUUUUGGGGAGUUUUUAUAAAAUUUCUGUGAUGUUCCAUCACCUAUGAUCUGGUUAGACAUUUGAGAAUAUUGAUUGGCUCCCAGGGCUAAUCUAGCUCAUGGUGAGAGAGGUGUAGUUACAACUCAGCAGCUGCUUUAAAGAGAAAUUUGACUGUAUACAGCUGAGCCUAGAAGAUUGACUUUGGUUGGGGAUUUACCUUGGAAACUCUAGGUUUCUUAGGAGGGUUUUCCUAUCUGCCUUUCUACUGAAGUAGUUUCUAGAACCAUAUGGCAGAUGGUCCUCAGUAACCUAAGUAAUGCAUAUUCCAAUCUUCCUUCAAGCUGCUGUUGUAACUGUUUUGGGUGUUUGGAAAGGGUGGCAUAGGCUGAGGUUGCCUGUUAGAGCACUGUGUUCCCAAACAGCUUCCUGUACUUCUGUGGGUUGCGUGUGUCCUCAGAUUGACCCCCACCUCCUCGGCUCCCUAGGUUGUCUGUGUGGAUGACUUCAGGUGCUCAUGCUCUGCCCAGGCUCCGCAACUCUCUCCUGUGGCUGGGGUCCAUUUAGCAUUGUUGGGUGUUAGUAGUAAGAGCCAGAUGUGUGCCAAGUGUCUGUGAGGCAUCACAUUACCCACAAGAGCUGGGUUCCAAAGUGCUUAGGAGGAAGGUUGCAUAGCACCGUGGGAAGAAGGGCCAGACUUUGGCCAGCAUGGCUCCCUACCGGUCUGCUAGAGCAUCAGUGGCCUUGAACCUCAGCCCCAUGUGCUGUGUCUGACCAGAGAACUGGUGAUGCCAUAUGAUGGCAGCUUUCUGAUUGGGAAAGCCCUAGAUUACCCUUCAUGCUGGCACUGGAUUUACCCUCUGAAAGGGAAGAGCCCAGGAGCCCUGUGACACGAGUGCCUAAUGACCAUUUUGGUGAAUCCCAGAACUGGAGUCCACUCCAAAUCCAGGUGCCUUAGUGUGGCUCUGUCCCAUAUGCUGCUGGGGACAGAUAUCAGCACUGUCUCUUUACCCUGUUUCUCACUGUGGCUCCUCUGAUGGUGUUUGCAUGCUCUUGACAAGCUUUAGAAUGUUUCUUUCUAUUAGAGCAGCCUGGCUAGGAGAGUGUUUGCUUUCCGGUAUUUAAAUACUAGUAGGGUAUGCUUUCUGGAGCUGCCAGUCUCUGCUCAGCAGGGCCCAGGGUGGACUGCUCCUAUACUCUUGUGGGCCCGGGAAGAUGGAGGAGGUGGACACUCUCACUAGGGUAGUGCUGCCUCCUCUUCCCUGUUAGCUGGCUGUAUUCUCAUUGAAGACCAUUCUCAGGCUAGGUAAUGUCGUGUCCGACAGGAUGGGAGCACUCUUCCUCUGCUGCUACAGGUUCAGUGUUCUGUGUCUUGCUGUUUAGGAAAGCUUAUUGCUGUUGGGAUGAGUACGAAAUUUCAAGCUUUGUACCUGAAUUGAGUGAACUGGAAGUCAUACUUUGAAAGGAACUGAACCAAGCAGAAGUUUGAGUCAGGAGUCAUGCCUUAAAGGAAAUAUCUGUUGUUGACAAGUUUUCUUGUGGGUCAUACGGUAGGAGGGAAAAAUCAAGCUUCCAGUGUGGGAAGGCCAUGCCCUCUGUCAAGAGCAGGAAUCUGAGCAGCUGGCAGCUCCUAGAGGGAGUACAUUCUAGCAGCUGGGCAGAUCCCUUCCUGGUAUGAGGGAGGGCCACCUCCUUCCUUGUCCUCAGCCUCGGAGAGAAGUCCUCUCCUUUCCUAUAUAGCCUUUGGGCCGAGCUGACUUUCCAGCUUCUCCAAAGUUGAUCCUGGUUUGAUUUUGUUCUAAACCAUAAACACAGGAAAUAUUGACUAGCAGUAUUUGGGGCUGAGGCUGGCUGUUGCCUUGCUGGCUCAGAGCUGCCUUGCAGAGAAAGCUUCCCUUAGGGCCAUGAAAUUUCUGAGGUUCUUCAGGAUUUGGUUUCUGAUUUCCUAUAAUUGGGGACAGUAAUGUACAGGCAUCAGGAUGACCAUAGACUGUGGUUUCUGGAAAUGGCAGUGAUCUGGCAAUUGUCUUUUUUUCAGUUGAAGUGGAACCCAUUUCUGGAUUGGAUUUAAUAAUCUGUCUAAUGUGCAGACGGGGUGAGCCCUACCUUGGUGUGCCCUAUUACUCCUGUGAGGCUCCUGGAGUACUGUUGUUUUUUCUCUGUAGAGUCACUUUUUUCUGGUAGUCAGUGUCACCGUGACAACAGUGAGGUUUAGGAAUGGGCACAGUCCCGAAGACUACAGCUCAGACUCCUUGCCUGUGCCUAGGGGACCCUGCUGUGGGAGGUGCUGCCGCUACCUAAUCGUUGAAUAUCAUGUUAAAUUCCUUGUAGAACAUCUUAACCACAGAGGGAUCUGGUGGAGAUGGAUCUUGUUUUACAAAGGAUCAUGUGAGAUCACUGAAGUUGUAAAAGUCUAUUUUUCCUGUAAAUCUAUUUUUCACAGAAUAUAAGAAACACGAAUGAUCUGAUCUGCCCUUCUUCCUUCCCACGUCACUCAAGAUCCUUAUUCCAUGUUGUAUUGUUUUUGUGUCCAAAAUAAACUGGGUGACUUUAUUUGUAUAAAAUGCUAUUUUGUCACAAGAGACGGUAAUAAAAAAGAUUUUCCCAAUA